AGAGGACAAGUCGGAAGGUGUUGUGAAGCUAUGCAGAACAUGCGAGAGGGAGCAAGAGGCGUAGCGGGGGUUCUAUUUUAGCGAGCCAUUCACAUGUUAGUUUGAAAUCAUAAAUCUUUCAUCAAAAAUCAUAAAAUACUUUGUCUGCUCCGGCGCCACCACAGCUCUCGCUAUCCCUCUCUCCACUCUGCCCAAGUCUUCAAGUUAAAGGAAACAUAAAAAAGAGGAAACAUGUCUGAAGGGCCGAAAAAAUCCAAAUAUUCUGCAACUCGCCGGUUGAUGCUGAAGACCAAGCUGCUGAAAAAGGCUGGGUCCAUGCUUUUGACUGAGAGGGAUGAGAAGGUCCGAGAGAGGGAGAGUGCUCUGGACGAGAGAGUGCCGCCACUCAAACUCUCGGGGAUGUCUGUGCAGGAGCUGCAGGACCUUUGUAAAGAUCUCCAUCGCAAGUGCGAUACCGUAGAUGAAGCACGGUAUGACAUAGAAGUUAAGGUGGUGAAAAAUGAAAAGGAGAUCGAGAACCUGGUGAAGAAGAUUGAGGAGUUGAAGGGUACCAGCAUGAACCGAACCAAACUCAAGAGGGUGAAGAAAUCCACAGAUGCCAUGCUGGGGGCCUUGACUGAGUCCAAACUCACCGCCAAGUCUGACUUCAAGGCCAACCUGAAGACGGUCAAGAAGGAGGAGGAGAAGAAAGAGGAAGUGACUGACUGGCGUAAGAAUGUGGAGGCCAUGUCUGGCAUGGAGGGCAGGAAGAAGCUGUUCGACGCUGGACAGUAACAAGGUUGGCUGUUUGGAAGAGAGGGACACCUACAGUAUUCUUCUAAAGCAUCAGGAAUAAGCAAACAGCACUCAUCCCGUCUCGUACAAGUACAAACCCAUUUUGGAACCAGUAAUAAUGAGGUAUGCCAAAAACGCCAAAAGACACAACAGAAGAAAUGCACAACCUGAUAACGUCAUGGGAAAUGUCUGCCCUGUUCUGAUGUUUCCCAUUCUUUUUUUGUACAAAUUUGCUGGUAUUCUAAGACAGCAUAGUGAAGCAAAUAUGACACUAUAUAUGACACUAUGAGAAGUUUGAUUGUAGAUACUGUACUUUCAAUAUUUUGUAAGCCUGCAGUGUGCAGAGGAGAUUGUUCACUUUGUCAGACUGAAACAUGUUUAACAAGACGAUGGAUGAUUAACAUGUUUAACAAGACGAUUACAUUUUAUGGAAACCUGUAGGUUGUAACUGCUAACAUCUGAGAGAAGCUCUUAGCGAGCAGAACUCUGUGAGAGGACUUCAUUGAUUUGCUGCUGACAGAGAUGUAUCACUAAAUUGUUAAUGUCACCAAAUGAGAAAUUACUCUGUUAAUGGCAUUCCACAAUUAAACGUGCUGCAUUAAUCAUCAAA